AUGUUGUGCUGGGAAAUCCCAGCCUUCCCAGGUCUCAUCAACAGCCACCGGAACAUCCACGGGGAUGCUCCGCGCCCGCUUCCCACGGCGCUUCCCAGGUGGAACAACCCCCGGAGCGCCUCCUACAGCCAGAGGGGAGGAGCCUUUUCCAGGAAUUUCCAACCUCCCAGGAAUUUCCACCCGCGCCAGACUCACUCCUGGAGGAAGAAAUACUCCCUGGAUAACCGGCUGCCCGGCUCGGCCUCCGAGGCUGGAAGCGCUUCCCGGGUUUUUGGGAGUUCCGGGGAUAUCCCGGCUCCGGAACCUCCGGAAUCGUCGCCGGAGAGGCACGUGGAUUUCACCACCGACGGGAAUAUCGUGGUGGACAUCCAGGUGCCGCAGAGAGCCGGAGAUGGGGGAGAUUCCAGGGAGUUUUCCGGGCGGGAAGCGGCGGCGGCUCCGGCGGGAGGCGGGAAAAGCAUCCCGGGAUCUCCGUACGGAGAAGAGGAGAGACCUUCCCUAUCCAUAUCCUUUAGCUCCACGUCCAGGACCGUGUGCCUGCCUGGAAUUGGGGCGGGAAGCAGCUUCUCCCCCUCUGGAAGCAGCAGCGAGAGCGCCGUGACGCUGAAAUCGGAGCCGCAGGAACCUUUGGAAUUCGCGGAGCGGGAGCCGGCCGGGAAUUCCGUCCGGAUCAAAGCGGAGCCGCCGUCGCCGGGGAGGAGCUGGGAGGAAAUCCGGGAUGUUCCCGUGCAUCCCAAACUCUUCGGCAACGACGGGAUGUCCUCCGUUCCCGCUCCGGGUGGGAGCAGAAUUCCCGGCGUUCCCAAACCUCCCGUCUCCGGCAAAGCCCUCAAAUUCCGCAGGAACAACUACACCUGGGUGGCGAAUCCCGGGAAAAGCUGGCGCCUGGGAAGGAGGUGGGUGGGGACCCCCCGGAAAGGCCUCGUCGUUGGGGCGGAAAGAGGAGCCAAACCCACCGCCAGGACGGAUUUGGGAGGCAAGGCGAAAAAACCGGGAAUGCCGGCCAAGCUGGGGGCGUCUCCCAGCAAAUACAAGUGGAAAGCGUCCACCCUGCAGGCCCUGCCCUCCACUUCCAGCUCGGCAUUCCGCUGGAGAUCCCAGGAGCAGCGGGAAACUCCGGCUCCCGGCGUUCCUGGAAUUCCUCAUCCCGGCGUUCCUGCUCUGGCUCCUGGAGUUCCUCAUUCUGGCGUUCCUCCUCCGGCUCCUGGAAUUCCUCAUCCCGGCGUUCCUCAUCCCGGGGCUGCUCCGGGAGCGGCGAAAUCCUCGGGAGAGGCUCCGUUAUCCAGUUACAAAGUGAAGAGUCGGACCAAGAUCAUCAAGAGGAGAGGGAAUGUGGGAUUCCCGACGGAGAAGAAGAACAUCUCCCCCGGCGCAGCCCUCAGGAGCCGCUUCCACCUCCGGAGGAAAAAUUCCGCGCGGGGAAAAACUUCGGCCGCUCCCAAACGCUCCUCUCCCAAAAUCCCGGCGCAGGUGUCCAGGCACAGGAUCUGCAGGAUCCCAGUUCCCACCAGGACGCAGGUGGCCGCCAAGGAAGGUAGGGAUGAACAUUCCAAAGGCUUCCCCAA